ACCAUUCCCAAAAACGCACUGGUUUUUAAUUUCCGACGCGUCACGUCGAAUUGUCGUAUGAUUCUUCCACGCAUAUAUGAGGGCAAUGCGGACAUUGAGCAAAAUUAUGCCUCCGACAACCAUAAAUCAACCCCUUAAAAGGGAAAAUGCCUCAACGGCUAACGUGUUGAUGUGCAAACAAUGGUGGAAAGUUUGCUGGAUGUACGGCGACCAAGAAAAAUAUUACAGGCAGCUUUAUGGAAAACCGAAAACUACUUUGGAGGGAGACAAAGCCUUAUUCGAACCAAAAACAAUCCCUAAACCCGAUUGGGCGGUCCAGUACUAUCAAAACACUAGAAUCCUUGCAGAUACACCGUCUCCGUUACCCAAUAGUAGUAGUAGUAAUAUUCCCAAUGUAGUGCCGAGGCAUAAUAGUUUAAACACUGUGGGAGUGCCUUUAAGCAGUAGUGUUCAUAAUAGUGCUAGUGUUAAGGAAGGUUGUGAGUUAAACAGGAGUUUUAGUUUCGAGGAAGUUAGACGUCAUCACGGGUCGCCUGCGUUGACCAGUUUGGAUCUGACUAAAGGAAUUAUUGAUGAACCAAUCGGUAGAAGUCAUCCCUCUCCAGAAACCAUCAACCAAAUGUCAGCGACCCCUCCGCAAGGGUUGCCCACGUUACCUUCGCCGUUGGGAGGCAAGGUACCACCCGAACAUCCCGGUACCGACCGAUUCCUGGGUAAGGGAUCGCCGUUCGGGCCUCCCGGAGGCGUCGAUCCGCAACGGCACUCGCAAAGCGACGAUGAUAGCGGAUGCGCUUUGGAGGAGUACACUUGGGUACCACCCGGGCUACGACCCGAUCAGGUCCAUCUUUACUUCAGCGCUCUCCCCGAAGAUAAAGUUCCGUAUGUGAACAGUGUAGGCGAAAGAUACAGGGUGAAGCAAUUGUUACAGCAAUUGCCGCCUCAUGAUAACGAAGUGAGAUACUGUCACGCUCUGAGCGAUGAGGAAAGGAAAGAAUUGAGGCUGUUCAGUGCCCAGAGAAAACGAGAAGCUUUGGGACGGGGAGCUGUAAGACAAAUACCCGGAGUGAUGCGAUGUGAUUUGUGUUCAGAAACACUUUCAUCAGGCGACAUCGGAGUGUUUGCAUCCAGAGCAGGACCCAACACAGUCUGGCACCCAGCCUGUUUCGCGUGUUCGGUUUGCCGGGAGCUUUUAAUAGACCUCAUCUACUUCUACAAAGAAGGUCGAUUGUAUUGUGGCAGACACCACGCGGAAACUGUAAAGCCCAGAUGUAGUGCUUGUGAUGAGAUUAUCUUGGCAGACGAAUGUACAGAAGCAGAAGGCAGGGCGUGGCACAUGAAGCAUUUUGCCUGUUCAGAAUGCGAGCGACAAUUAGGCGGACAAAGGUAUAUUAUGCGAGACGGAAGACCGUAUUGUCUGCACUGUUUCGAUGCCAUGUUUGCUGAAUAUUGCGACAGUUGCGGCGAACCGAUCGGAGUCGAUCAGGGUCAAAUGAGUCACGAAGGUCAACACUGGCACGCGACAGAAUCCUGUUUCUGUUGCCACACUUGUCACUCGUCUUUACUUGGCAGGCCAUUUUUACCUCGAAGAGGUGCCAUCUAUUGUUCCAUAGCUUGUAGUAAAGGUGAGCCUCCUACACCUUCGGACAGCAGCGGUCCGAACACAAGAGUUCCACGUCACGGGAAAUUGCGCAAUCUACCUAAUGACCGCACCGCCUCUCCUAGUGAAGCCAGCACACCCCCAGCAUCCCCUUCUACUCAUCAGACUCACCCUCCACACUCCCCGACUACCAGCACACCAUCCAGUCCAAUAGGAUCGUUGUCUUCCCCACCAAGUCAUCUAAACCAACACCAUUUACCCAAUAAUAGUUCAAUGUUGUUGGUUAGUAAUCACGCCCAGUUGGCGUUGCAGAGCCAUAGUCACACCCCCUCACCAAUCAGAUCACCCAAAAUGGGUAGAAGGGCUUUACAACGAAGUCCUAAGCCUAGUGGGUCUUUAGCCAGCACUCCCACACCAUCCGAAAAUGGAGAUUUUGAGAGUAGAGAUCCCAAUGAAGAAAGAAUUGCUGUGGGGCAAGAAAAGGGACUGGAUAGGGUUUUAUUGGAGCGAAAUUUGGAUAGGUUAUUAUCCGAACGAGGCUCUGCACAUCAUUCGCCCGAUUUGGAAAAGUUGUUGUGCGCCAGAGAUCGAAGCAGGGAACCGCUUCAUUUGGCGGACUUGAGUUUGGACGACUGGGCGGACCGAUUGAGUACCGAAGAAAAAAAGGAAUGCAACAUUGCUAAAAAUGAAGAUGGCAAUAUUGGUUUGGAACAAGGAGCUUGUCACGCUAGUAGCAUGCCAGAACUUCCGCUUCCUCCUUCAAGUGAUACAACAGCAACAACUCCAGGAUCACCAACGAAAAAAUCCCGAGGACUGCUCAGUGUACGUUUUCAAGGCGACAACGAAGCGUUUGUAGCUGACGAAGCUGACAAUGCCAGUAUAGAAGCAGCCGCCAAAAAGUUUCCAAGAAGUCGAAGUUACAGCGGUGUUGGCAGAGAAAGAAGACACCACGUCGACUCUUUGCAAAGAAAUAAGACACGAGUGCCAAGAAAAACGACUUCGGAUAGUCACAUGGCGUCGACUUCGCGUCACAAUUCUCAUCAUCGCGAUGACGAUUCCGACAGUUACUGUUCAACCUGUUCUUCCAGUUCAUCUUCCGACGAUCUCGACUACCAAUUGCCUCCUAGAAGGGCUUAUGGAGGUGUGAGAAUUUCUUACGUGCCAAACGACGCUCUUGCCAUAGCUAGAAGACGACAACAAGCCAAUCCUAAGAGUCCGAGCAGAAGUAAAUUAGCAAUUGAUGAUAAAGAUAAAAAUUGUAUUAUUUCUUGAUAUCGGUUCUUUGGUAAAAUCAAGGUUUUGUUGAAAUGCGGUAACCAAAAUGGAAGGCAAUGGGUUCGAUGUCAAUAAGAUUUUUACCUCAAAUUGUAUACUUUUGACAAUUAUACCUGUAAAGAUAUAUUAUCUGAAAGUACAUAGGUACCUAUUUAUAAUAAGAUUGUACUUGCAUUGAGUUUUUAGAGCACAUAAGUCAUGAGUGAAAAAAGGUUGCAAAUUUUCCAUGAUGGCAACUAAUUUUUUUUAAAAACCUAUGAUUUGCAUUUGAAAAUGUAUGAUCUUUUCUUAUCUAAACAAAUUGUCCAUCGAAUUUAAUCUCUCUAUCGCAAUUAUAAUAUAAAACUGAUAAAACCUAAUUAACUGAAAGCUGUGUGUAUCUCAAACAAUUAUAUCAUGUACAAAUUUUCUAUAACACGUGUUUUUUUUUUGUAAAAUGUUUUAUAGAUUUUUAUAUAAACUUUUAUAUAUUGUAUAACUUUAUAUAUAACACUUUUUGUCGUGUCACCAAUCCUAUAAUUUAGUUAUUAAGAAUAUGUAGAGUGUAGAAAAUCAGAAAUAAUUAUAUCUACCUAUUACUUUUUUUUUGUA